CCAUGGCUUCCGCUGGGGUGGCCGCCGGGCGACAAGCCGAAGACGCUUUACCGCCGUCGUCCGAGCCGCCGCCUGACACCAAGUCGCUGCCGCCUCCUCAGCCGCCGCCACCAGUUGCUGCCCCUCAACCGCAGCAGUCGCCGGCGCCCCGGCCUCAGUCACCCGCCCUCGUGAGGGAAGAAGAGAAUUACUCCUUUUUACCUUUGGUUCACAACAUAAUCAAAUGCAUGGACAAAGACAGCCCAGACAUCCACCAGGACCUGAAUGCCCUCAAAUCCAAGUUCCAGGAGAUGCGAAAGCUCAUUAGCACCAUGCCUGGCAUCCACUUGAGCCCUGAGCAGCAGCAGCUGCUGCUGCACAGCCUCCGGGAACAAGUCAGGACCAAGAAUGAACUUCUGCAAAAGUACAAGAGUCUCUGCAUGUUUGAAAUCCCCAAGGAGUAGAGUGAGGCUGACUUCAGGAAUGCCUAAGAAAGAAAGAAGUGGCAAACAUCUCCCCACCCCAGCACUCCCUUGGAGUAUGGUUCCUUUGGACUCCAGCUGUGAACCUCAGAGCCGCUAGACUGCUUGGUCAGCAUGGACUUCAGGGAGCCAGCAAACUAGGCUCUUUUGGGGCUCCCUUGUGUCUAGAUGCUUGACAGCUUAAGUCCCUACUGGUGGCAGUCAGAAUGUUCCUGGAGGCUGGGGAAGUGUGGAGGACUCUGCCCUGCCUCUGGGGAGGGGCCUCUGUUGUGUGUGUGGCCCCACUGGCAGAGCUGAAGAGCACAGUGGGAAAGGAGGCAGCUUGCAGCUUCCUUCUCUUACUCUCCUCCCACCCCCUUUAUGCUCAGAGUGUACCAGGUACAUAUUGUUCCUGUUAACUGCAGUUUCAUGAAACAUUUGCAUAGACUUCACUGAAUGAAUUAGGCCUGCACUCAUAUGGCGUGCAUUUCAUAUGGUAAAAGAAGGCUGUGAGAGAAUGAACAUUGUUUUGAAAAGUCAGGGGGAGCUUUUUCUCUUGAAAGAGUUUGAUUUAUGUUUUAGCUAGUGAAUUGAGCUGUAUCCAUGGGAAGUAUCAGCCCAGAGCCCUGCCAGGUUCCCUACCUCCUCCAGGUUCUCCUUAUAUUCAGCUCCUGCUCCUUUCAUCUCCUCUCACCUUUGAUUAGUGCCCAAGAAUGGCCAAACCACUUCAUAUCCACAACGCUUUCUGGAUUUGGUGAAGUGCUGUCUUUCUGUGCAGGUUCAAGCCAGUUUUCCAGUGAAUAGCUCUUCCCUCUUCUGUCAUUUUAGUUUCACAUUGAACUGAUUUAAAAAAGUAUUCCACCCUCUGGCCUUCUUGCGUCAGAGUCAGCAACAUUUACUGCACUGUAAAGGGUUCAUGAUGCACUUUUUGUUUAGAGAAAAGGCCCCUCUAAGUGACAGUUCAGAAUGGUCCCUCCACAGGGUGAAGUAGGCCUAGAAGUUGCCCAGACAAGUUCUAGCUCUUCAGUGUUUAUAAACUGCCCUUGUUCUCUCCCAGCUUUUCUUUUUUUUUUUAAUUUAAUUUUAUUUUAUUUUAUUAUUUUUUUUUUGUGGAUCUUCCAGCUUUUCUGAUUUCUUCUAGAUAGGACAUUUUAUUUGUGUGCUGUCCCCUUGACUGUCAAAUUGAGAUUAGAGCAGUUCUUCCCUUGCCUCUUAAGGUGAGAAGUAACUGAAUAUUGUUUGGGUCUAGAAAGGAGCACAUAACCUGUGCUGACCAGUUCAGAGGCUUAGCAGCUGCCUGCCAACUGACCUCAUUGGCAGGAGUAUUAGUUAGAGAUGUUUUUAGCAGAGUUCCAGUGGUGGUGAUCUGCAGCCACCUGUCAGAAAGAGACUGUCCUAUUAGGAAGGGGUAUGUGUGAAGGAGAUAAGAUUUCAGUGGCUUUGGGCAGAAAAGCAGACUCUGAAUUUAAGUGGGUAGUCACCUUUUAGACCAGUUCUAUCUUGGGAUUGUUAUUUAACUGAAUCAGUUAUUUUCAUGAAAUUUCAGAGUAGUGAAUGAGCCAGUUUUAAGGCUCUGCCCAAAUACCAUGAAACACAAAGCACAUAAAAAUACAAGACCAUCAAGGUCUUUCUGCAGUGCUAGGCUAAAAUGGAGAAAGCUUCCUCACAGAGGCAGAGAGAGAGAGGACUUUCCAUGUGUUCCAGUGUUUUGAAUUGUGACAUUUUUCAGUUGUAAAAAAUUAUACAAUUUUAAUCUUGUAUAAUUAAAAGAACUUCCACGCUCUGCUCUCUGGAUGCCAUGGUUUUUGUACUGAGAAAUUCAUAGCAGGAUGGCUCUCAGGUCAAAGAGAGGAAAAUGUUCCUCUCCUUG